AUGUCGCUUAUUGCUGGGUUUCAGACUCUGCCUGUCGAGAUCUUGAAUCUCAUUAUCGAACAUACGGACUUCUCCUCCCAUUUUCCUCUUGCGCAGACAUGCAAGGCCUUGUACAGCCAGAUGACAUCUCUUCUGGAGCAGCACCAAACCGCGCACAGAAAGUACGGCACUGCGUCGGAUCUUUUGCCCUCUACCGUUCCAAAUGUGUUGGACAUCGUUUUCCGCUGUAAGGAUCCCUCGCGCUCGAUUGAAAUAUGGCACAUGCGCUACGUCGAGUUCUUUGGAACCCGCGGGCAGUGGGACGACUGGCAUCCAUGGGAGGUUGAUCCGGUGACCGGUCUCAAUGCUUCUACGGCGCCUGAAACCGAGUCCGGCCCGUAUGCCUCGGAAUCUGAGCUAUCAGAAAACGAGAAUACAGAAGUUUCGGUGUUAUCACCUGAUGUUCGACGAUGGAAGAGACGUGUGGAAUAUUAUAUUGAGGAAGCAAGAAAGCGUAGGAUUAUCCCUGAGUCCACUUUAGAAUACGCCAGGACGUCUACCUUGUCUGGAUCUGAUGCGGUGUUGAAGGUAAUCCUCGUCUCUGCCUUGCCGUAUCUGAAGGUCCUCAAGUACGUGAACGCCGAUUCCUCUUCUUCACCGAAUAUUGUUUCGUUUUGCAGAAGUAUUGAGUCGGCUUUGGACUUCGGUGUCUGGCCGCCUGGCCUCCUCUCGCUUCAAAAGCUCGCAGUCGGGGUCUCCCUCUCUAAUAGGACUUCGUCGAUUGGCACUAGCGUGCUUGUCAGACUCCUGCAACUGCCAAACCUUGAUGAAAUCUAUCUUCGCGGCAUGAGAAUUGAUAGAGAGGAUCUUAAGUUUGAUGACUCUCUCGAUUCCGAUGAUGAGGACAAUCUCUUCUGGCAUCUUUCGGACCUUGAUGAAUCGGAAAGGGCCCGUGAGAAAGCCCGCAUUCUGCGAAGCCGCCUGUCGCUCCCGGUCCAUUCUUCAUCCAUCAAACACAUCGUCCUUGACGAGCUGAUGGACUAUGAUGGGACUGGGGAUUUCAUGAUUGCCCUGCUCAAAACACCCAAGAAUCUCGAGUCUAUCACUAUCUGCUCAUGUGAGGAGCCACUUGCGAAGACGGAUGAGAUGAUACGUGUUCUGUCUCAACAUCAACCCGCGUCUCUUCAAAAAAUACUCUUAUACUUGGAGGACGAUUACAUUGGCGGGGGCCAUGCUCCUGUUUAUCUCCUCUCUGAUUUGAAAGGUUGCAACAACCUCAAAGUGUUGAACGUCAAGUGGAGGGAUAUCAUAUCUGAUAGGCGCUCGUCAGCGAUCAGUUCCAAGGACCUUCUCAACGCUGAAAAGUUUGUUUCCCACUUUGUGAACGCAUUUCCUCCGAGCAUGUCUGUUUUGGUCAUUUAUGAAGACUGUUUGUAUUGCGGCGAAACCGUCGGGCGCCAAAUCCAUGAAUGUCAGAGCUUGAGCGAUGCCUUAGUGGCACUGAUCGAAUCAAAACAAUACCCAUGCUUGGAGGCCAUCUAUCUCGCCAUUGACAGGGUCGAGCGAAGCAUGCUUGAUCCAGAUCUAGUACCCGAGACUCACUUUCAGCGCACAAUAGAUGCUGGGCAGCGGCAUGGUAUUCACAUCAUCCAUGCGCCAACAAGUACCGAGCGGCCUGCUUCUCACAAUAGUUAUUUUGUGACUAUGCCGAACAUCCAUGAGAUCAAAUCGACACCGGGAUAUGAUCCGAAUUGGGUGUUUGACCACUCUACUGGCCGAAUUAAGUCUAACCAACCGUGUCACGGCUGUGGGUGGUGUGAUAAAUGUCGCGGAGAUUGA